GCGGCGCGGCACUGUAGUUCCCCCGGCGCCCGGCUCCCUCGCGUUAGACGUGCUGUGUUGUGAUCACGUGGCCAGCUCCGGGCGCGGCGCUUGUUUUGGUUUCCCUCUAGCUUGCCCUGGCAGCUUCAGGGUGAGCGACUUUCCUGCACCGGUUGCCGCGCCUGCUUGCACGCUGACCUGCACUUGUUCGGGCUCUCUCAGCCCGCAGUUUUGCAGGCACUGGGGCGGGCUCCUGCCAUGCCGCUGGUCCGCUACAGGAAGGUGGUCAUCCUCGGAUACCGUUCUGUAGGGAAGACAUCUUUGGCACAUCAGUUUGUGGAAGGCGAGUUCUUGGAAGGCUAUGAUCCUACAGUGGAGAAUACUUACAGCAAGAUAGUGACUCUUGGCAAAGAUGAGUUUCACCUACACCUGGUGGACACAGCAGGGCAGGAUGAGUACAGCAUUCUGCCCUAUUCAUUCUUCAUUGGGGUCCAUGGGUAUGUGCUUGUGUAUUCUGUCACCUCUCUGCAUAGCUUCCGAGUCAUUGAAAGUCUAUACCAAAAGCUAUAUGAAGGCCAUGGGAAAACCCGGCUGCCAGUGGUGCUAGUGGGGAACAAGGCAGACCUUUCUCCAAACAGAGAAGUACAGGCAGUCGAAGGAAAGAAGCUGGCAGAAUCCUGGGGUGCAACGUUUAUGGAGUCUUCUGCUCGAGAGAAUCAGUUGACUCAAGGCAUCUUCAUCAAAGUCAUCCAUGAGAUUGCCCGUGUGGAGAAUUCCUAUGGGCAAGAGCAUCGCUGCCAUCUCAUGUGAGCCCUUGGACAUUGGGUACCUGCCUUGUUUCUGCCCCUGGUACUUGCCAGGCUCCAGUGGGGAGCAGGCCCUCAGGACUUCACGGGUAUGGUUGCCAGCUGUGUCCCUGGCCCUCUGGGUACGCAGUGUUGUAUCCUCAUGUUUGCACUCUUUCCCCAGGUUCCAGUGGCCUGGUUGUCAAUGUUUACAAAGGGGCAAGUUGUUUCAUGGGCACUGGCCUCUAGUCCUCUGUUUCAGAUGAAUGAGUUAUGCUGUGAGGUUGGGACAUGAAUUCUGGGCAUUGUUUUUACAGGACCCAUGUACCUGUGUAGGUUUUGGGUGUUGGCUGGGCAAAGGGAGCUGGGGUCUCCUGAAGUAGAGCUGGCUCCCUGGAGUGACAAUGUAAAUAUGCAAAUAAACUGAGAAAUCUGUUGUUGA